AGAAUAUUGCCUUAUAACAAGCCUGCCCAGGAAGGUCCUCCAAAGAAAGUUUUCAGAGCCAAGUAUGCCAGCACAGAGCUUGGAAUUCGUGAACGUCUCUUUGUCUCAGUAUUUACCUCCAAAAACCACCAUGAACACUUUAGCUGUGGCCAUCAACCGGAACCUCAACCACCACCUGGAUGGCCAUCUCAUCUUCUUUACAGGCACUCGCAAUCACAAACUCCCUAAUGGAAUGUUUGUGGUAGCCCACGGUGACGAGCGUCCAGUUCCAAACAUGUUCCAGUCUGUCCGACAUCUUCUAGAACAUCACAUUGCCGAUUAUGAUUGGUUCUACUUUGUCCAGGAUGAUACCUACACCCAGCCCGAAAGGCUGAAGACCUUAGUAAGCCACCUGAGCAUGGACCUUCAGCUUUACAUGGGCCAGCCCGGAGAGUUCAUUGGAGGUGAAACCAAGGGGAGGUACUGUCACAGUGGACCGGGAUUUCUACUAUCCCGUGCACUACUUCUGAAGCUCUAGCCUUUCUUGGAGCAAUGCAGGACUGACAUCGUAAGCAUCAGACCUGAUGAGUGGCUCGGUCGCUGUAUCAUUGAUUAUGCUGGCAUGAGCUGUGUGGAGAAAUAUGAGGGCCUGAAUUAUAAUUAUCUUACAAUGGAAAACAAUAUGGACCUUCCCAGAAUGGAAAAUGAUGGAUUCCAGAAUGCUCUCACUGUUCAUCCUGUGACCAGUGCAGAAUUUAUGUAUCGUCUGCACAAACAUUUCACAGAAAUAGAACUGCAGAAGACCUAUGAAGAGAUUGAAAAACUACAGUCUGAGAUAAAGAAUGUCAGUGAAUUAGCAGUGGAUGGAAACAAGAGUGCUUUGUGGCCCAUCGGCAUCACACAUCCCUUUGAACCAAAGAGCCGCUUUGAGGUACUGCGUUGGGACUACUCUACUGAAGAUAACCUUUUCUCCUGCGUGGAUGGUGCCCCUAAAUGCCUGCUCAGUGGUGCUGAUCGUGAUGACGUGACUAACGUCAUCAAGGUCGCCGUUGAAGAGCUUAACAAAAAAUACAGCCCUUUUGUACAGCUAAGUGCUCCACAGCUGGUGAAUGGUUACAGGCGCUUGGACCAUACACGAGGGAUGGAGUACACCUUGGACCUGCAGUUCCAGGCCACGACUGAGUCUGGUCACCAGAAAUCUAUUGCACGCCAUGUACACCUUGUGCGACCCCUCAGCCAGGUAGAGAUUAUCCCCAUGCCUUAUGUCACAGAGGCUACACGAGUCCACGUCCUCCUGCCUCUCACCAGUUAUGACUCCCAUGUAGCGCUGCGCUUCUUAGAUCACUGUUCCUCCAACUUGUUUGAGACUGGUGAGAAUGCAGUUCUUAACUUCCUGUUCACCUACGAAACCGCCGAGGCCCAAAAAGUGAGUACAAAUGACGUCUUUGCAGAGGUCAAGGCUAAGAUCACUUCCGUCGAGCACAGAUAUCCCAGCGUGAAGGUGUCUUGGAUCAGCAUAAAGACAGAAAGUCCGGGUGUCCUGCGGAUCCUGGAUAUUGUAUCUAGGAAGCACCCGGUGGAAACACUCAUCCUCCUGGUCACAGCUGACACUGUACUCAACUCAGAGUUUUUGAAUCGCUGUUGUAUGAAUGCCAUCAGUGGCUGGCAGGCUUUCUUUCCCAUCCAUUUCCAAGAAUUUGACCCCAGUGUGGCUUAUCCAGACCAGGUUCCUCCUGCCUCAUCAGACCUGGUCAGGGAAGCGGGUCACUUUGAUCGCUACAUCUUUGAGGAGGCGUGUUUCUACAACUCUGACUACAUGUCCUCGCGCACACGGAUCACUGGGGAUUUGCAGGAGAACGAGGAGCUGCUGGAGAGCCUGGAUCUUUAUGACAUGUUUGUGCAGUAUUCAGGGCUACACGUGCUCCGUGCUAUCGAGCCUGCUUUGCGCCAGGCAUACCGCAACCAGACCUGCAAUCCACGGCUAAGUGAGGACGUGUUCCACCGCUGUCUCCAGAGCACUCUGGAGAGCCAGGGGUCACGUUCCCAACUCGCCAUGCUAAUAUUUGAACAAGAGCAAGGCAACAGCACCUGAUGACCUUCCAAAGAAGCAACAGUGGGGUAAAUGUAGACUGGCUAACAUCAUUUUAACAUCUGUCAACCAGUUCUCUAGUAAAAGCUGUUUGAUUAUCUUACUGAAACCAAAGAGAAAUGUUCUGAAAGGAACAUUUUGAGACAUUUAAUAAGAAA